CUGUUUGGAUUUCACUUGCACACUUUGCUCGUCCGGAGUAAGUUCAGUAAAGGUGGGAAUACUCUUUUACUAAUACGCAAUAUAAAAAGCAAUAAUGGCCGGCGCCAAUCCAUUUGCUCAAUUUGAAAAGUCUUUCACCCAAGACGGCACCGUCUACAAAUAUUUCGACUUGGCCUCGAUCGACAGAAAGUAUGGGCAAUUACCAUACUCUAUCCGUGUGCUAUUGGAGUCUGCCGUUCGCAAUUGCGACAAUUUCCACGUGUUGGAAAAGGAUGUGCAGAGCAUACUCAGCUGGACGCCCACGCUGCAGCAGGGCACCAAUGAUGUGGAGGUGUCCUUUAAGCCCGCACGCGUCAUUCUGCAGGAUUUCACCGGCGUGCCUGCCGUUGUAGAUUUUGCCGCAAUGCGCGAUGCUGUGCUUGACUUGGGCGGUAAUCCUGAGAAAAUAAAUCCCAUUUGCCCCGCAGAUUUGGUCAUCGAUCACUCUGUGCAGGUAGACUUUGCACGCAGCGGUGAUGCACUGGCUAAGAAUCAGAAUUUGGAGUUUGAGCGCAACAAGGAACGCUUCACUUUCCUUAAGUGGGGUGCACGUGCCUUUAACAAUAUGCUGAUCGUACCUCCCGGCUCGGGUAUUGUACAUCAAGUGAACUUGGAGUAUCUGGCACGCGUUGUCUUCGAAGUAGAGGCCGGCACUGGCGCAAAAAUCCUGUACCCCGACAGCGUUGUUGGCACGGAUUCGCACACGACCAUGAUCAACGGCCUGGGCGUGCUCGGCUGGGGUGUGGGUGGCAUUGAGGCUGAAGCUGUUAUGCUGGGUCAAUCGAUUUCCAUGUUGUUGCCUGAGGUUAUUGGCUACAAGUUGGUGGGAAAACUUGGGCCUCUGGUGACUUCCACCGAUUUGGUGUUGACGAUUACCAAGCAUUUGCGUCAAUUGGGCGUGGUGGGCAAAUUUGUGGAGUUCUAUGGUCCAGGCGUCGGAGAGCUGAGCAUUGCCGAUCGUGCAACAAUCAGUAACAUGUGUCCUGAGUACGGCGCUACUGUCGGCUAUUUCCCCAUCGAUCUGAAUACGCUGAAUUACAUGAGACAAACAAAUCGCUCUGAAAAGAAGAUCGAAAUCAUUCAGAGAUAUCUGGAGGCCACACAGCAGCUGCGCAACUAUUCGGAUGAGGCUCAGGAUCCAAAGUUCACGCAGACCAUCACUUUGGACUUGUCAACGGUUGUUACAUCAGUUUCAGGUCCCAAGCGCCCACACGAUCGCGUCUCUGUCUCCAACAUGCUCGAGGACUUCAAGUCCUGUCUAACAAAUCCGGUCGGCUUCAAGGGUUUCGCAAUCGCACCGGAGGCGCUGUCCGCCAGCGGCGAGUUCCAGUGGGACGAUGGCAAGACGUAUAAGAUUCAGCAUGGUUCGGUGGUUAUUGCAGCGAUUACAUCCUGCACCAACACCUCAAACCCGUCGGUCAUGUUGGGUGCCGGUUUGCUGGCUAAGAAUGCCGUCGAGAAGGGUCUGAGCAUUCUGCCCUACAUCAAGACCUCUCUUUCGCCUGGCUCUGGUGUGGUCACCUAUUAUCUGAAGGAAUCUGGUGUUAUACCUUACCUGGAGCAACUUGGCUUUGAUAUUGUGGGCUAUGGCUGCAUGACCUGCAUUGGUAACUCCGGCCCACUGGACGACAAUGUCGUGAACACGAUUGAAAAGAAUAGUCUGGUCUGCUGUGGCGUUCUUUCCGGCAAUCGUAACUUCGAGGGUCGCAUCCAUCCCAAUACGCGUGCGAACUACUUGGCCAGCCCGUUGCUGGUCAUUGCCUAUGCCAUUGCUGGUCGUGUGGAUAUUGACUUUGAGAAGGAGCCAUUGGGUGUGGAUGGCCAAGGCAACAAUGUCUUCCUACGCGACAUUUGGCCAACACGCACCGAGAUUCAAGAGGUGGAGAACAAGCACGUCAUACCCGCCAUGUUCCAGGAGGUCUACAGCAAAAUCGAGCUGGGCUCAGAGGACUGGCAAACUCUACAGGUGUCCGAUGGCAAGCUGUAUCCCUGGAGCGCCGAAUCCACGUACAUUAAGCGUCCGCCGUUCUUUGAGGGCAUGACUAGGGAUUUGCCAAAGCUGCAGAGUAUCCAAAAGGCACGUUGCCUGCUCUUCCUCGGCGAUUCGGUGACCACGGAUCACAUCUCGCCCGCUGGCUCCAUUGCUAGAAACUCGCCGGCAGCGCGUUUCCUCUCCGAACGCAACCUGACGCCCAGAGAUUUCAAUUCGUACGGUUCACGUCGUGGCAACGAUGCGAUCAUGGCACGUGGCACCUUUGCCAAUAUUCGCCUAGUGAACAAAUUGGUCACAAAGACCGGGCCACGCACCCUGCACAUACCCAGCCAGGAGGAGAUGGACAUCUUUGAUGCAGCUGAACGUUAUCGCGAGGAGGGCACUCCUCUGGUGUUGGUUGUUGGCAAGGAUUAUGGUAGCGGUUCUAGCCGAGACUGGGCUGCUAAGGGUCCUUUCUUGUUGGGCAUUAAGGCGGUCAUUGCUGAGUCCUACGAACGCAUUCAUCGCUCCAACCUGGUGGGCAUGGGAAUUAUUCCCCUACAAUUCCUGCCGGGACAGAAUGCCGAGACGCUGAAGUUGAGCGGCAGGGAGGUCUACAACAUUGCAUUCCCCGAAAGCGGACUCAAGCCCGGCCAGAGAAUACAAGUUGAGGCUGAUGGCACAGUUUUCGAGACCGUAUUGCGCUUCGACACUGAGGUGGACAUCACUUACUACCAGAAUGGCGGCAUCUUAAACUACAUGAUACGCAAAAUGCUCGCCUAAAUUUGUACUCCACAUUUUGUUUUUCUUCGUUAUUUUUUAUAUUCCACUGGCAUUUUGAAUACAUUGUAGUCAUUUAGGAUUUUAUUGUGUGGUGGAUGCUUUCCUGCUUUCCCCUUUGGUCGAACCAAUAAAAUUAGGCAUAGACAAUGCUUUUAAUAAGAA